AUGAUGUAUUCAAAGAAUUUUACUCGAUACCCGAGAGAGAGAAAGAUCUCAUUUUAUUCUUAUACGUUUUCUCUUCUAGUUAAUAUUCCUACUAAUGCUACAUGGAAGCAGAACGGAGUGACUAUUGCUGGAGGUCACGGGAACGGGGAUGCCACUAAUCAACUCUACCGCCCUUUUGGUCUCUUCGUUGAUGAUGAUCAAACAGUGGUUAUUGCUGAUGGCUGGAAUCAUCGUAUCAUGCAAUGGAAGAACGGAGAUACAACGAAUGGACAAGUUGUUGCUGGUGGUAAAGGCGAAGGAAAUGGAUUACAUCAAUUGAAUCUUCCAACUAAUGUAUUAAUUGACAAAGAGACGGAUAGUCUCAUCAUUUGUGAUUGGAGGAAUCAACGAGUUGUACGAUGGUCUCGUCGUAGUGGUACAACACAAGAUGAAAUACUCAUCGAUAACAUCAAUUGUCAUGGAUUAGCAAUGGAUGAACAGAGAUAUCUCUACGUUUCUGUCUGGAAUAAAGAUGAAGUAAGACGAUAUCAAUUGGGUGAUGAGAAUGGCACUCUCGUAGCUGGUGGUAAUGGUAAAGGUGAUGAACUCAAUCAACUCAACUCGCCGAGAUAUCUCUUUGUCGAUCGAGAUCAUUCAGUGUACGUAUCAGACAGCAACAAUAAUCGUGUAAUGAAAUGGGUGGAAGGUGCAAAAGAAGGUAUUGUGGUUGCUGGAGGACAAGGUGAAGGGAAUGCUCUGAUACAAUUGUCUAAUCCUGAAGGAAUCUUCGUUGAUACGUUGGGUACACUCUAUGUAGCAGACUCGGAUAAUCAUCGUGUAAUGCGUUGGACUCAAGGAGACAAGAAACAAGGUACUGUAGUUGUGGGUGGAAAUGGCGAAGGAGCAGGAGCAAAUCAGUUCAACGACCCCAUUAGUUUGUCUUUCGAUCGACAUGGUAAUCUCUAUGUCGCUGAUUUUAAUAAUCAUCGUGUUCAACGAUUUUCUAUCAAAAAAGUCUUGUGA